GGCAUAUUUUGUCCGUGUAACGUUACUUUGUUUACAAAAUGGAAGACUUAAAAACUUGCACCCUCGACUACUUCCCCGAGAAUAUUUUAAUUGAUAUUUUAUCUUACUUAAGUGUACGAGAGCUUGUCCGAAGUGGAAGAGUUUGUAAGAGAUGGAAACGGCUGGUAAAAGACCAAAGACUGUGGCGAGCUGUUGAUCUUACGGCAUGGAAAGGGGUGACAUCUCGCAUGCUAUGGGUCCUCCUGCGCCAGUACCUGGGCUGUGGGUUGAGAUGCCUGCGCCUGCGCGGUUUGCUGCUGUCGGCCAGAGGUGGGGCCUUUCUCUCAGAGUCCUGGCUCAAAGCCUUGUCCGCCAGGUGCCCCCGCCUGCGCAGACUCUCCCUGUUGCAUGCUGACCUGAGAGGCCUGCGCAGUUGCCAGCUCCUACCUCCAACCCUUCAGAUCCUUGAGUUGCGUGGCUGUGAGCUACCACAAGGGUUUUUCACACAGAAUCCCCCCUGUGAACUAGACGGUUCUGAAAAGGCAUCUACUGCCCAUGCUCAGCAAAGGGGUCGGGCUGAGACUAGGAAAGGGUCUGCUUCCACGUCUGGGAUUGCCAUAGAGACGAUAGUCCUUGACAACGUACCCUCCUUCACAGACCAGCAUCUGCAGAGUCUGGCUUCAUGGGAGAAGCUUUCUCGCCUGGAGCUCCGGGACGUCUUGCGUGUCACCGCUGCAGGCCUUAGAGGCAGUGCUGCCAGGGAGACUGGCUCCACAGUGGAGGGCCUUUACAGGCUCAAGUACCUAGAGAUAGGCAACUCUGGGCGGCCAGGCUCUCAGAUGCAGAUGGCCUCUCUGGGGCUGGGGGCAGGCUGGCGGGGCCUAGAGGAACUCAGCCUAGGAGGAAGGGAAGUGGGUCCGGGGCUCCUGUGUGCCAGCCGCCUCAAGGACCUGCAGAGGCUACGCCUGAGAGGCUGCAGACUGAGUGAAAUGCAGGUGCUGCGUAGCUGCAGGACACUGAAGGAACUGCGAAGACUUGAGUUCUGUGAGGUGUUUUUUCAGGCCCGACAGAGGACAGAGGAGGGGGAGGGGGAGAGGGAGGAAGGGGGAGAGGAAGGUGGCGAGGGUGCUGGUGUUGAUAGGGGUGGUGAAAACCCCGACAAACUGGAUGAGAAUGACCCUGUACCUAGCCUACGUCGCUCCCUUGUAGCCCUCCUUCCACGGUGCGCACUUGUGUUCACCAAUUGCACUGUAACAAUAAAUUCAGACUAGGUUAUUCAUGUAUCUAUGAGGAAAAGUACCCUUCUAUUACUUUAUUUUUGGAAUUAGAAUACAAAUACUCCUCUUAUUCGAAUUAAGAUCUAAUCUCCACGCUCUAAUGCUCGACAUUCUGUCAUAUAGAGAGUUAAACAUUGUGUCUGUUUUAGUUCAUUCACUUGAAAUCAUAACCAAGUAUUUUAGUGUGGAGGCUGUGCUUAAAUCUAUCAUGUAUACAUGUGUUUUUUUUUUUACACAUUGGUCAUUACUCAAAUAUGUUGUUUAGGGGACUGAGCUACUAUCUGUCUUAAGAAGAAAAAGAAUUCAUUUUCAAUGGACUGAAGUCCUCAAAGCUUUAUUCUGCUACUUUCAGAAGAAUAGAUCUGUGAUAGAACCUUUUUCUAUUGCAAAUUUGAUUAAACCAUUAUCAAUAAACCAUU